AUGACUUUUCCUCCGCCGCCCUCUGUCGUCCCUAACGACUCCGUCGAGAUGGACAACACAAACAGUGAUACUUCGCCUCGCCGCGAUAGUAUCUCCCAGAGAUCUGAAAACUCCCAAACCGCAGCUGACUUUAUCAGAGAUCAGAUGCAGUUGGAAGCUGAUGCUCGCGAGGCGCUACCUUAUAGCAUCAAGAAUUGUACCAAGCCUCUCGGCGCCCUGCGCCAAAGCGUCUACGCUUGCCUUACGUGCAACCCCCCGCCACUCGACCCCAAUGAGCCCUUCAACACCGCUGGCAUCUGCUACUCAUGCUCUGUUCAGUGCCACGGCGAGCAUGAGCUGGUUGAGAUUUUCCAGAAGCGCAAUUUUACUUGUGACUGUGGCACCACGCGUUUCAAAGCCGACCAGCCGUGUACACUGCGCAUCAAUCCGGACACCAAUACUCGUGGCAACGUUCACUCCGAACAGCCGGACCCCAACAACAAGUACAACCAAAACUUCCGCAACCGCUUCUGCUCGUGCUCAAUAGACUAUAAGGCUCAGGAGCAGAAGGGCAUCAUGUUUCAGUGUCUUGGACUUGGCACUCAUGAGACUGGUGGUUGUGGCGAGGACUGGUAUCACCCGGGUUGCCUAGUUGGACAGGGGCCCAAAUGGUAUGAGAAGCUAUCUAAACAGAGCCGCCCCAAACCUGCUGGCAGCAACACCUUGGAUCCUAUAUAUGAAGAUCACGUCCAGGCAGCCGGCAAUGGGCACCGGACAGCUGAGGCUGAAACCGUGGUAGAGGAAGAUGAUGAAGACGUGCCUCUACCAGCGGGGUUUCCACAGGAACAAGAUUUUUCUCUACUUUUGUGCUACAAAUGUGUUGAAGCUUACCCGUGGAUCAAGCGUUAUGUUGGAGCCCCGGGAUUUCUACCUCCCGUCUUUCUGCAUAAGUCUGACAACGACGAUACAGCACCGUCAGGAGUCACCAAGAGAAAAUUGGAAGAUGAUGACAGCAAUACAGUUAGUGAGCUGAGCAAGCGUAUGAAGACCGACCCGGACAUCAAGGAGGGGGAUAGUUCGUCAAAUAUCGCUUUGUCAACGCAAACGAAGCAAGAAAAACCAGAAGGCGCGGUGACCCCCAGCCUGCCGGAAUGCAAGCUCAAGUCUUUACCACCUGCACCGGAUGGCGUGUUCUCCAUCUUUGCUGGGGCAGAUUUCCGCGAUCACAUCUGUCACUGCCCUGAUUGCUUUCCGAAGCUUAAGCCCCAUCCACAGUUACUAGAACCUGAGGAAGAGUACCAGCCGUCCCUAUCAGAAGGUUCGGAGAAUGGGUCUACUCAUUGCAGCGGAUCUCUUUAUGAGCGCGGCGAAUCCGCGCUGAAGAAUGUUGACCGUGUUCGUGCAAUAGAAGGCGUGAUGGCCUAUAACAACCUCAAAGAAAAGCUAAAGCCCUUCUUCCAGCAAUUCGCUGAAAGUGGAAAAGCUAUUGGCGCUGAGGAUAUCAAGGAAUAUUUUGCAAAGUUGAGAGGCGACGAGCAAGCCAUCCGAGAAGCUAGCGAAGCUGCUAGGGAAGAUCAUCGAAAAGAACAAAGCGGGUACUAG